GGGCGUCUCCCGCACCCGCACGCUGGGGGCAGUGCCCUCACCCUCGCUGCCCCCCCCCGCGUGCUGCAUGCCACCCCUUCCGUUGCCCUCGACCCACAGCCAGGAGCGGGUGCUGUCCCCUCACGGUCACACCAUGCUGACACGCCCCGGGCCUGUCCCGAGUGCCCUCGCUGGCUUCCCACACACCUCACUCUCCUGACCCUGGCCCCCACCCCCACGGCCUCGCCCAGGGAGGGGGCCUGCGGCUCCAGUGCCAGACCCAGCGGCCCCAGGGUCUUUGCACACUGUCGACUGUCCUCUGCCCUGCCACGCACGGUUACCCACACGGGCACCCCAGCGCCUCCGCUUCCCGCCUUUCCUGUGGGUCCCUGCUGGAACUGCGCAGGCGGGCUCCUCCCGGGGCUGCACCACUGGGUGCUGCCCGGUACCCGCCUGGCUGCUGUCGGGACCAGGUCUCUGUGCCUCGAGCACGGGGCCCUCAGUUCUCAGUGGCCGGGGACAGCGGGAGAAUCUGCUAGAGGACCUGGGUGGGGUCACAUGGCCCAGACGCCACGUGCGGCUGCAGCCCUGGCUUCUCCCCACGUAGGGACCUCGGGGACAGUCUAUGGCCUGGCCGUGGGCGGGCAGAGUGCCUUCCCCAGGGCAUCCCACAUGCAGUCACUGCUCAGAGUCCCCCACGCCUGGCCGGCCUAGCACCUACCCUCAGGAAAUGGGGACAUUCCGCCAGGGCCAAAGCACGCGUCUAAGGCAGCCACUCAAGCCGCCGAGAGAACCCAGAGCCGCACGGCGGGGGGUGGGGGGCCUCGAGGCCCAGGGCCCCAUCCUGCCGGACCCGCGCUCCUGUAGUCCCUGGGCCACCUGCCCUCCCCUCUGUCCUGGGAGUGCCUGGCUCCGGAGGACCUCGAUCCCAGGCAGCACACACGGGCGCACGCAGGCUCAGGGUGAGUGAAACGUCUCCGGUGCGGAGAAGGCAAAGCAUCUGGUGCCACCGCACACGCGCUGACCUGGGCCAGGAUCCAGUCCCCUCAUUUUGUAAGUGCGGCAGCGGCGGGAGCGGCUCCCGGUGCCGGAGCGAGGCGCCUGGCCGCGGGUCCUCUCCGCUCGACCCUACGGAGGGCACAAGUACUUGCAGUCCCCCGCCCUUGGUCUGCGCGAGGCCGUCCGCCCGGGGCUGCGCUCCGCUGCCAUGCCCGGCAGGAUAAGAAUCCCCAGGCAGCCCGGGGACGAGAGGAGGCUGUGGGAGGCGGCGACUUCCCCAUGGGCGCUGACCACCACCGAGGACCCCGGGGGCCGAGCCGGCCGGCUGGGGCGGGAAGCGCAGACCCCGCCUCACGCCAGAAACCCUCGCGCCGUCUCCGCGCCCAGCUCCGCCGGGGAAGUGGCCCGCGGGGAGGGCGGCCGGAGCGCGCGGACCCCUGACGCACCGCUCCCAGCAGCGUGCGGCGCCGGCCUGCUGGGAAGCCGCUCGCGCCGACCAAUCGGGCCGCGGGCGGAGGCCGGAGGGAGGAGCGGGCGGGCGCGGCGCCUGCCCAGAGGCCGAGCCCUCUCAGCCCCACCCCGCGGUAGCCUGGCUGGGGGUGCAGCCCCCGCCCCCGCCGCUCAGGGCCCCUGCGUGUUGGGGACCCUCCACGUGACUCGGUGAAGCAGAACGGUUAUGACCUUCAGCGCGUGUCUGUGAUCGCGAGGGUCCCGGCGACAGUGCGGGUUUGCGCUCGGCCCUGCCCGUGGGCGCGGGGACGUGUGGGUGUGUGGGGACGUGUGGGUGUGUUGGGGAGGGUGCCCGGCGACAUGUGACAAAGCCCGGGCUCUGGGAGAUGAAGGGGCCCGCGAGCUGGCGCUUUGUCUGGCAGUCUGCAGAGUGAGGCUCGCGCCGCGCGGCGGGCACCCGUGCGGUGCGGGAUGCCGGGGCGCCAGGGUGGCCGGGGGCGCGCGCGCCUGUGCCAGGGUGAGUGCGCUGCGGCAGUGCCGGGGGGCAGAGCAGCGGGCCCGCGCCGGCCCGGGCCUCGGGUGUGACUGGGCGCCAUCCGUGGGCGCUGCAGCGGCCGCGUGUCCCCGUGACCUCGGGAGCCGGCUCGGGCCGGGUGGAUCCCCGCGCGCCCCUCCCCGUCCGCUCUCCACGUGCGUGGCCGCGGCGCGCGUGCCCGCCGGCGCGCACCCGCCCGCCUGUCGCCGCCGCCGCCGCCGCCGCCACCACCACCACCACCGCCGCCGCCGCCGCCGCCGCUAACUGCGCCGGGAAAAGGAGCCGAGAACCGAGGGAGCCGGGGCCGCGGGCCCGAGCGCCAUGGGCCGGAAGGCGCGCGACGAGCGACCGGACAGCCCUGGGCCUCGCCCCCGCGGGAGAGCGGCCUGGAGUCGGCGGGGGCCGGCCGGGCCCGCGGGGAGGCCGGCCCGCGCCCCCUGAGCGACCGACACCAGGGCGCUCACCAUGGCCCCGCCACUCCUGCUGCUGCUGCUGGCCAGUGGAGCAGCCGCCUGCCCGCUGCCCUGCGUGUGCCAGAACCUGUCCGAGUCGCUCAGCACCCUCUGUGCCCACCGAGGCCUGCUCUUCGUGCCGCCCAACGUGGACCGGCGCACCGUGGAGCUGCGGCUGGCUGACAACUUCAUCCAGGCCCUGGGGCCGCCUGACUUCCGCAACAUGACGGGGCUGGUGGACCUGACGCUGUCCCGCAACGCCAUCACCCGCAUCGGCGCCCGCGCCUUCGGGGACCUGGAGAGCCUGCGCUCCCUGCACCUGGACGGCAACAGGCUGGUGGAGCUGGGCGGCGGCAGCCUCCGCGGCCCCGUCAACCUGCAGCACCUCAUCCUCAGUGGCAACCAGCUGGGCCGCAUCGCGCCCGGCGCCUUCGACGACUUCCUGGACAGCCUGGAGGACCUGGACCUGUCCUACAACAACCUCCGGCAGGUGCCCUGGGCCGGCAUCGGAGCCAUGCCCGCCCUGCACACCCUCAACCUGGACCACAACCUCAUCGACGCGCUGCCGCCCGGCGCCUUCGCCCAGCUCAGCCAGCUCUCCCGCCUCGACCUCACCUCCAACCGCCUGGCCACGCUGGCGCCCGACCCGCUCUUCUCCCGGGGCCGCGACGCCGAGGCCUCGCCCGCCCCCCUGGUGCUGAGCUUCAGCGGGAACCCCCUGCACUGCAACUGCGAGCUGCUCUGGCUGCGGCGCCUGGCGCGGCCCGACGACCUGGAGACCUGCGCCUCGCCCCCCGGCCUGGCCGGCCGCUACUUCUGGGCGGUCCCCGAGGCCGACUUCUCGUGCGAGCCGCCCCUCAUCGCCCGCCACACGCAGCGCCUCUGGGUGCUGGAGGGCCAGCGGGCCACGCUGCGGUGCCGGGCCCUGGGCGACCCCGCGCCCACCAUGCACUGGGUGGGCCCCGACGACAGGCUGGUGGGCAACUCCUCCCGCGCCUGGGCCUUUCCCAACGGGACCCUGGAGAUCGCGGUGACAGGCGCCGGGGACGCAGGGGCCUACACCUGCAUCGCCACCAACCCCGCCGGAGAGGCCACGGCCCGCGUGGAGCUCCGGGUGCUGGCCCUGCCCCACGGCGGGAACGCCAGCGCCGAGGGGGCCCGCCCGGGGCCCUCGGACAUCGCCGCCUCGGCGCGCACGGCGGCUGAGGGCGAGGGGACUGUGGAGUCGGAGCCGGCUGUGCAGGUGACGGAGGUGACCGCCACCUCGGGGCUGGUGAGCUGGGGGCCGGGGCGGCCGGCCGAGCCCGUGUGGAUGUUCCAGAUCCAGUACAACAGCAGCGAGGACGAGACCCUCAUUUACCGAAUCGUCCCAGCCUCCACUCGCCACUUCCUGCUGAAGCACCUGGUCCCUGGCGCCGACUACGACCUCUGCCUGCUGGCGCUGUCACCUGCCACUGGGCCCUCUGACCUCACGGCCACCAGGCUCCUGGGCUGUGCCCACUUCUCCACCCUGCCGGCCACGCCCCUGUGCCACGCCCUGCAGGCCCACGUUCUCGGCGGGACCCUGACAGUGGCUGUGGGCGGCGUGCUGGUGGCUGCCUUACUGGUCUUCACUGUGGCCUUGCUGGUUCGGGGCCGGGGGGCUGGGAAUGGCCGCCUCCCCCUGAAGCUUAGCCACGUCCAAUCCCAGACCAACGGAGGCCCCAGCCCCACACCCAAGACCCACCCGCCUCGGAGCCCCCCGCCACGCCCCCAGCGCAGCUGCUCCCUGGACCUGGGAGAUGCGGGCGGCUGCUACGGGUACGCCCGGCGCCUGGGAGGGGCCUGGGCCCGAAGGAGCCACUCGGUGCAUGGGGGGCUGCUCGGAGCAGGCUGCCGGGGGGUGGGGGGCAGCUCGGAGCGGCUGGAGGAGAGUGUGGUGUGACGGGAGGCGGCCUCCCCGUGCCCUGAUGAACACGCAGCGUGGGCCAGGGGGCCGGGCGGCAGCUGCCCACCCGGGGGCCACCCCGCUUUUUAUCCUCGGUACCUCAGGCUCCGCUGUGUGCUUGGCGGGACAGGGGCCCCUCCCUUGGUCGGGCUCCAGACCGGGGGGAGGGUCAGGUCCCUCUGACAGGUGCUCUCGGCCACCAAGCAGGGCAGUAGCCACCAGGUGGGAGUCUCGUUUCUAUUUAUAAUAAAAUUGCUGGGGACACCUCA